AUGAAGCUCGAAUUGUGUAAUUACAGUGGUUAUAAGAUUUAUCCUGGUCACGGUAAGAGAUACUGCCGUGUCGAUGGUAAGACCUUCAAUUUUUUAAAUGGAAAAUGCGAGGCUUCUCAUCUUAUGCGUCGUAAUCCCCGAAAAAUAUCAUGGACGGUAGUAUACCGUCGCAAGCACAAAAAGGGAAAGGUUGAAGAAACUUCCAAAAAGAGAACCAGGCGUACAACCAAAUUUCAGCGUGCUAUCCAAGGUGCUACUCUAGAAAAUAUUAUGGCAAAAAGAAAUCAAAAGCCAGAAGUCCGUAAAGCGCAGAGAGAGCAAGCAAUAAGAGCUGCCAAAGAGAAACAAAAGGGCAAGAAGCAAACACAGAAGACACAAACUACAAAACAAUCCAAGAGCAAAGCUACCAAGGUUGUAAAAGGUAGUGCCCCGAAAGUUGGUGUCAGACGAUAAUAUUCGUUAAUGUACCUUCUUGCAUUUUGUAAAUGGAAAUAAAUUUGGAGCGAAUGU